GACUGAGCAGCACGCUGCGCAAAAUCGUCACACACGCUGACAUUUGCAGAAGAAGAACAAUAACCAUUUUUAUAACUAGAAAACGUAAUUUGUAUAAAAAAGAAAUAAACGAAUAGUGUAAAGCAAAUGUUUUCUCCCUGCAGCCGGGGGCUUUAGGAAACUGCAAGGAAGUCAUCAUGUGAAGAACAAAACUGUUAAACGGACAAAAGGGCUGGAUUACAAGAAAAAAAGCGAAAGUUAAAAGGGCGUGAGCGGAAUGUCCGUGGAUGAGAAGCCUGAAGCCCCCAUGUACGUGUAUGAGUCGACGGUUCAUUGUACCAAUAUACUCCUGUGCCUGAACGACCAGCGGAAGCAGGAUAUCCUGUGCGAUGUGACUGUCCUGGUGGAGGGAAAGGAGUUCCGUGGCCACCGGGCCGUGCUGGCCGCCUGCUCAGAAUACUUCUUGCAGGCUCUGGUGGUACAGGUCGAGAAUGACUUGGUCCUCAGCCUACCUGAGGAGGUCACUGCCAGGGGAUUCGCCCCAUUGUUGCAGUUUGCCUACACUGCUAAGCUGUUACUCAGCAGAGAAAACAUUCAGGAGGUCAUCCGCUGUGGCAAAUUCCUGCGCGUGCACAACCUGGAGGACUCGUGCUUUCGCUUCCUGGAGGCCCAGCUCCGCAGUGAGGAGGAUGGCCUGCUGCUGUGCCACAAGGUGGCGCCGGCCGAGGGCAACCACAAGACCGAGGACGAGAACAUGCAGUCUGAGACAACAACAAAGGCAGCCUCCCCCCAGGCACGCCGGCACUCUCAAGCCCUUUCCUCCUUGCGGCGCGCCCCGGACAAGGACCGGCUACCCGUGGCGGUGCCCAGUGACUUCAGCAACGUACGACUGGACUUCGACAGACACGGAGCAUCCGACCUCCCCUGCUGCCCCAAAUACAGGAAAUACCAGUGGGCCUGCAACAAGCACAAUAACGACACCUCCUCACACACCAGUACCUCAGGUUUACCAAGCACAUUAUUAUUAAAGGAGACCAGCGGUGGCAUCAGCGGCGGGGCGGUCCGGGGCCAGAGCAUGUCGCCGGUGGCAGACAUCAAAGUGGAGCCGCGGGCAGAGGAAGAGGCCAUCUCGCUGUGCCUGUCAGGGGACGAGCAGGGCGGCCUGGACAAGGAGACAGGCAUGGAGAUGGACAGUGUCCCAGUGUUGUCCGCCUCCUCCGCCAAGAGGAGCAAGUCCCCCACCUGCCUCCGCGCCUUCUUCAAAAAAGGAGCAGACCUGCCGGGUCUGCCCAACGUGUCGCAGCAGCUAUUUGCCAACAGACUCGCCAGCGUCUGCCCCCAAGACAAAGGAACCACUCUGGAAGAUCACAAAACAAAAGACUUCAGGCCUCUCAAUUCUGGGGAGCUGGGCCUGUCUGUUACAUCCCUGAAGGAGGUAGACGGCUCCCCUCUGAGGCUCUCGUCGCUGAAGUCCACCUCCUGCGACGGCGUCUGCAAACAGGAAGUGGAGCUGGACCGCCGCAGUGUCAUCUUUUCCUCCUCAGGGACCUGUGACCGUCUGGGCUCCCCGGCGCAUUCUUACCCCGGUGGGAGCUCUUUAGAGAUGGAGCUCUCGGAGCACACGUCAAUGGGCCUGUGGGCUGGUGCCAGCCAGUCCCUUCCCAGCUCCCAGACCUACUCCCCGAGCAGUGCCCCCUCCCUCGCCUCCGCUACCACCGAGCCCCCGCCGGUCCUUUGUCGCCCGCUGCCAAACACCAGCUGCCCAGUGCCAAUCAAGGUGUGCUCGCGCUCGCCGCCCUCUGAGACCCGCACACGGACCUCCAGCUCCUGCUCCUCCUACUCCUACGCGGAGGACGGGAGCGGCGGCUCACCCUGCAGCCUGCCCCAGUUUGAGUUCUCCUCCUCGCCGUGCUCCAACGUGGCGCUCCGCCUCGCCGCCGACCAGCAGGAACAGGGCGUGAUGGGGGGGGACACCCUCUUCAACCAGGUUCGCCCCAAGAUCAAGUGCGAGCAAUCGUACGGCACCAACUCCAGUGACGAGUCGGGAUCCUUCUCCGAGGGUGACAGCGAGUCGUGCCGAGUCGAUCAAGGGCGAGAGGUAAAACUUCCUUUCCCUGUUAAUCAAAUCACAAAUCUUCCACGGAACGACUUCCAAAUGAUGGUAAAAAUGCACAAACUGACCUCAGAUCAGCUGGAGUUCAUCCAUGACAUCAGGCGGCGGAGUAAGAACCGCAUCGCAGCGCAGCGUUGUCGCAAGAGGAAGCUUGACUGCAUCAUGAACCUGGAGUGCGAGAUCAGAAAACUGGUGAAUGAGAAGGACAAGCUACUGACGGAGAGGAACCAGCUGAAGGAGUGUAUGGGCGAGCUGUGGGAGAACUUCUCCUGUCUGUCCCAGGAGGUCUGCAGGGACAGACAGCUGAGUCCGGAGCAGGUCCAGUCCCUGAACCACCACUGCCCUGUCCUGAAGCCCGGCACCACCAACGCCACCACCACUGCCAGCAACGCUGCCUCUAACAGCAUUGACCUCAUCACCCACUCCAGCUCAGCCACCCCGGAGCCCAGCUUCCUCAAGUCCUCCGGGCCCUCAGAGAGCGAGCCUGAUUGGGCCAUGGGCAACGGGGCUGAUGGGGGGCCAGGUAGCAAUGAGGCGGAGGGCCAGGAGCCAAGUUUAUACAUGGAGUCGGGGUUCUCGUUCAAUGAACAGUCCAAUCAGACGGUGACGGUAGACUUCUGCCAGGAAAUGACUGAUAAAUGUACAACUGACGAACAGCCGAGAAAGGACUGUACUUAGUAAACUGUGGUUUUAAUGUUUUUUAUUAUUUAAUUUCUAGUUUUUAUUUUCUUCUGACAAACCCCUUCCUCUGGGUUGGUGAGAUGUUCAGCCUCUACCAGUGUUCUUUAAACAACAUGUUUUUAUUUAUGUCUUUUUGUUGUCUUUUUAUAGGUUGACACUACAGUUGUCUUAACAACAAUACUGUUCUCCAGGUAUUCUCCUCUCUGUAACCAUGACAGAAUAGGGACUUCCCACACAAAACUCCGCUCACAAUGGUGCUCCACCAUGCCCCGUCAGGAAGCAACCUCUACAGUGGACACACUGUUCUCUAUCUAUAGUCUACUCACAGGGAUGGGCAAAGAUCACAUCUUCAAUUCAAACCUCAAUGGACCUAACAGCAGCACUCUUUGUCUCUCGAUCUACCUACAGUUUCUAUCUCUCUGUCUCCCUCUUUCUUUGUCUUUCUAUUUCUCUCGCUCUCCCUUUCUCUCUCUCUCUCUCUCUCUCUCUGUCUCUCUCUCUCUCCUACUCUGUCUAUUUUCCUAUCUCUAUUUCUACAUCUAACACUUCGGCUCUAUUUCUCUAUCUCACUAUCUUUCUAAUUCUCUCACUCUCGCUUGUGGCUCUUGUCACAGCAAUUCAAACUCAGGAAAAUAUCUUCUGAAUGUUCAACAUGAUUCAUGAAAAUAAGAAUUCAGCUUCUGUGUAUGAGAGGUUUCUGAAGCAGACUGUAAAUGUUCAUAUGCAAAAAUGUCUUUUGUACAGCAAAACGAUGUGUACAGACAGUACCUUAACAUUCCUCCUUUGCCUUCCUCAGCACUGAAACGAAAGAGAAAAACGAACGAUUUGGCGGGUGGUUCCCAAAAAUCUAUGUUCCCACACAUCAGCAAAAUCAUUGUAUUUGGAUGUUGUAAUGGUAACUUUCAAGUGCUGGCUUGGGCAGAACGUAAUAACGUAUAAUGUAUGGCGCAUGGUGACUGUCACAGUAAUAUUGUACAGGUAGUGGCUUAGACAUUUCUUUUUCACUGGGGUUAUAUCAAGUACCUUUUUGCUAAGGGAAAAUAUUUGCUUAGCUUUUUCCUGAUUAAAGGAAAAUUCUUCAUAAAGGUGGGUGUUCUUAAACUCAGGAAAUCAGCUUGACACACACACACACACACACACACACACACACACACACACACACACACACACACACACACACACACACACACACACCCACGGAUGUUGCUGGCGAGGUCAGUGUAAAGUAUGUUAUUAAUCCGUGGCUUGCGCAACAUCCUUUCAAACUUUGACACCUCUUUAAAUGUGAAAAAUAGUUUAGGCUUGUUGUGUUUUUGAGGAAACUUUCUUUCUUUUUAUCAGUAUUUAAAGAUGCUUUAUGUAUGAUGGUGAACCCUCUCUGACACCCUUUGAAUAUCUUCAGUGUUAUGUUUCAAUGUUGUCGAGAAAUUUGACAAUAGACACCUUUUCAAGCUGAGGGACAGAUAUUCUGUCUGUAACAAAAAAAACACACACAAGAUAUUUAUAUUUGACUAAGGAUACUUUCUCCAAUGAAUCUGGGCUCAAGAUCAGGCACUUUCCUUCCAGCACCAGACACUCCAUUGUAACUAGAUCCUAUAGCACUUCAUAGAGGGUCUACGUCAGGUUCAGAACCCUGAAAACACUGAUGCUGGAGCACUUGAAUUGGCACUUAAAACAUCUUAUUGAUAUAAAUAUAUCUAUGAAGACAUUAUAUUCAAAAACCUAAAGCAAUCAGAUGUAUUAUAAAAAAGAAAGCCAACAUAACAUUUAGAGAGUGUUCACAUCUUAUAUUUGUAUUUCUUUAAGAAUGAAUCAUUUAUUUGGGACUUGAGUUCAUGUGAAAGCAUGAUAGUAACAUGUUUGCCCUGAUUUGUUGAAAUCAUAAUAUUCUGUGAUGUGAAUGCAUGCUGCCUGUAUAUUUGACCUAGUUAUUUUGUCUAGCUUAUGUUUGCUUCUAACAAUAGUCCUCAGCUAAAUUAUUUAGUCCAUCUUUAGAUGAACAAUAUUUAAGCAGUAAGGUACCUCGGGGGUUUGUGAUAUAUGGCCAAUAUACCAGAGCUAAGGGCUGUUCUUAGGCAAUGAGGAGUGCCUGGAUACAGCCCCUAGCCAUGGUAUAUUGGCCAUAUAUCACAAACCCCAGAGGUGCCUUAUUGCUAUUAUAAACUGGUUAUCAACAUAAUUAGAGCAGUAAAAUGAAAUGUUUUGUCUUAGCCAUGGUAUACGGUGUGAUAUACCAUGGCUGUCAGCCAAUCAGCAUUUAGGGCUCGAACCACCCAGUAUAUAAUUACAUUUAUAACAUAAAUAUACAGAAAUAAUACUCUUAUCUGUUUAACAGGGAUGUGCUUGAAAAUACAAAAAAUGAGAAAUAGAGACAGAACCUGUCUUUACAGUGAGUGAAUUCAAUUGGAAUAAAAAGCUUUACUCAUAGCUUUAACUAUACAGUGUCGGAAAGAGCGAUAUUAUAAACUGAGUGGUUUGAGCCCUGAAUGCUGAUUGGCUGACAGCCGUGGUAUAUCAAACCGUAUACCGCGGGUAUGACAAAACAUGUACUUUAACUGCUCUAAUUACGUUGGUAACCAGUUUAUAAUAGCAAUAAGGCACCUUGGGGGUUUGUGGUAUAUGGCCAAUAUACCACAGCUAAGAGCUGUAUCCAGGCACUCAGCGUUGCGUCGCGCGUAAGCACAGCCCUUAGCCAUGAUGUAUCGGCCAUAUACCACAACCCCCCCGUGCCUUAUUGCUUAAAUAUACACCUUGAUGACUUUCUGCAAAUUCUUCUUGGCGUUACUCUGUUGCACCCUCUUGGACACAGCUGUGUAAUACUUUCGUCUUGACUGAUAUCGAAAGCUGUUGUGAUAUUAGAGUGCAGCUUUGUAGAAUAUGUCUGUGUUUCGCAGUGUGCUGGUCUGAGUAUUUGACCAUUUAGAUAAGGUUCCCUAAGAUUUUAGUUAGAUCCGUAUACAGUCAUACACAGACAACUAAAACAUGCACCCAAAUAUUAAUACACACACAAUGUAUGUCCAAUGGCGUCUGUUCCCCGGGCACCGAUGACGUGGAUGUCGAUUAAGGCAGCCCCCCGCACCUCUUUGAUUCAGAGGGGUUGGGUUAGAUGUGGAAGAUACAUUUCAGUUGAAUGCAUUCAGUUGUACACCUGACUAGGUAUCCCCCUUCCCUUAUGUAAGGAAGGAGUGUAGAGCAGUUGUACACCUGACUAGGUAUCCCCCUUUCCUUAUGUAAGGAAGGAGUAUAGAGCAGUUGUAAUUGUUGUUUGUGAGGUUCUUCUUCCACUUUGGCUUUUCUCUGAUUCAUAUGAUAUCACUGAAUUGGAACAAUAUACAUCAGUCUCCAUUAUCAGGUACAAAACAGGAAACACAUUUGUCAAAUCAUAUACAAUUCCUACCCAAUAAAUGUACCUUUUCUUUCUCGUUUUUGACGUAAAAGUGGAAAGCAUAAUGGUCCACCAGAAAAGCACACUCUCAUUAGGCUACACUUUGACAAUGUGGGGGAAAAUAGAUUGAAAUUCAUAAAGUUUCUAUUGUCCUCGGCCCAUCAAAGCUAUACCAACAGAUAUCUUUCAAUGUCUGUUGUUAGAUGGCCUUAUAAUGCUAUUAGGAUUAAUAUCGAUGUUAUUCUUUGGAUAGCAAUGAGUGCAUAGCCUAUUUCUGGUUUGUACUGUACGUACAAUAAUUCAUCAUUGUUUAUUCUCUACCUAGAGCCCCAAGAUUGAUAUACAGUAAAGGUUGGCGGAUGCAGAUAGAAGCCCGCUGGGCACAGACAUUAUUUCAACAUCUAGUUUUGAUAUACAUUUGGUUGAGUUGUUGACUUAUGUAAAUGCAAUAUGAAAUCAAUAAAAAACGUUUACCAUGUCAUUGGAUUUAGGUUAAAAGCUGGGUGAAAAAAUGUGCAAAUCCAAUCAGUUUUCCACAUUGAUUCAUUGUCAUCACAUUGAAUUGUUUUGUUGAAAUUACGUGGAAAGAACAUUGAUGCAACCAGUUUUUGCCCAGUGGGAGGUGAUACAAAGUAAUGAGGGGUUUUUAAUGUAGCUCCUUACGCUGGUCAAUUGCCAGUCCAGACCUCUUAGCUCUCUAGUCCUGAGAGAGCUACUCCAUGCUUGCUAUGCUGUAUGGGGUGUUACUAUGGUGACCGAUGGUUGAAAGUAGUACAUGGUCUGGUCAUCUCUACAGUUACCCCAAGCAUUACGGGUCAAAUAAGCUUGUUGUGUGUCAUCAUCUCAUUCACACAGAGAUGUAUCUGGUUGACCUAAACCAGGACUAGUCAUUGGUCUUGUAUAUCGUCUCAGGGUGCCAAGCAUUUUAUUUCUCCAUUUCUGAAUCUGUAGCAGACUUUUGUACUUUAGCUGGUUUCUGGCUGUGCUUGAGUGUCUGAAAGUUUAGCUCACUUCUAACCUCUGGUUUUAUACUCCUGAAGCUAAUUUUUACAAAUGCGGAAUAAUAAGCUUUGCACAAUACAGAUCAAAGUCAUUAAGAGAUGCAGAGAGAGUACUCAAUACAUUGGAGUAAACAUACAUAUAUAUUUGAAUUCUGUUUUGGUAGUAAAUACAAAAAAAAAUUCUCUCUCUCAAGUUCCUUUCCCUCAGCAGUUUUUUACAAGCCAAAACUCAAAAAACAGUAAUGCUAUUUGAUUUGUUAGCUGGCUAUGGUAAUUAGUUGGUGGAUAUUUGUUGUAAAGCUAGAUGAUGCAUUGAAUUCAUGAUCUUUUUCAGAGGCUUUUGUGCUGUAUUCAUUUCUCGUUUUGUUUCACUGUUUUGUUUGUUUUAGUUGUUUUUGUGUGCUGCUUUGAAAGAAAAAACACUGUCUCUCCAACUCCAAAGGUUGUUCUUUUGAAAAGAUGAACAAAGCUGGCCUUUUUCACAAAUUGCUCAACUUUAUAAUAUAAUAUACUGGUAUCCUGAUUGAAUGCACAAGCUGAGAUCAUUUUAGGAGUAAAAUAACAGUUUGAUAUGUUUACAAAACGGUAUCACAUGUCAUGAUGUGUUUAUUACAUUUGCCAUGUAAAUAGAAAUUGUUAGGUUAAAAUUGGACUGAAGGUUAGUUUUCUGUAAACAAAAAAUGAUGUGUUUUCUCAACUUGUCUUUUCAUUCAACUGGGGAUGUUUCAGAGUUACAUGGAUACAAGUGCACCUCCAAUUUUUGCCUUAGAACUUGCAGAGGCCAUAGUUCACAUUCAAGUGAAGUGAGUGUAUGCAGGGGCCUACACCCCCCCCCCAUCCCUGAGUCACACCCAGUGCAGACCUUCUCACACUUAUCUACCUGUGAAAUCCUUCAUACCUCUCAUUACUGGUCAAUGACUGUAUCAGCAAACUUCAUCAGGUGUUUUUUCUACAUGCUUUUUACACAGAUUAUAUGGAUUAUUGUAUUAGUAGAUUUUGGUUCAUUAUUUUUAAUGUAAAAGCUCUUUUACAUUAUUUUUUCUCUCGUUUUUCUAGAACAGUUUUUUGUUAAUAUUGUCAAUUUGAAAUAGCUGUAAUUUGCUUAUUCUCUAUUAAGAGUUCUUACCCUUUUCAUUUUGAAAUGCUACACGACCCUAAUGAAUUAAAAUGACUUAUUAACCAUUUUAAACACGGUAUUGUGCAAACCCCAUUUUCAUUCAUUUCAUUUGCUAGCGUUAUAUAAAUGACAUUUUUGUCUAGACACCAUUUCUGUUUAUGAAAUAAAGAAACAUAUCAUGUG